AUGUGGGUGGAGGAGGCUCAAAAUGAUGCUGAAGAGGGUCGGCGGUCCUUACGAACAGGCAUCAAUGGACUUGCCCCCCUUGCACGGGUGCCCGGCCUCUCAUUCCCAGUCUCGUUUCCCCACGACUUUAUGCACUUAAUUUUUGAAAAUAUUAUUCCCACUCUCUUUGACUUGUGGACGCGAAGCGGAAACUUUGAGGCAUUUGGAUCAGGGACUGAAGAAUAUCUGCUGCACCCAGACGUAUGGACAACAAUUGCUGAGGCCUGCCCUCUAGCCGGCAACAACAUCCCAUACACGUUUGGCUGUCGCGUACCCAAUCCAAAGAAAAAGCGUGCUGAACUUACUGCCAAAGCUCGGUUACUACUUGCCACUAUGCUUGGUCCUGUGCUCCUGCGAGGCCGCUUUGUCCAUCAAAAGUAUUAUUGGCAUUUUAUUGAACUUGUCCGCCUCAUUAAUAUGUGUAUUGACUUUGAGAUCACACCCAACAACAUAGUUACCAUUCGUGAAGGAUUUGCAAAAUGGGUGAAAGACUACGAAAAAUACUACUACAUGAAUGAUCAAGCCCGCCUUUCUGCUUGUACCCUCCCACUCCACGCCCUCCUUCACAUUGCCAACAACAUUGAGGCCAUGGGUCCUGUCUGGGCAUACUGGGCCUUCCCAAUGGAGCGCUUUUGUGGUGCACUUACACGUGCAAGCAUGAGCCGCCGUUUCCCAUACUCUAGCAUCAACCGUCGUGUCCUCCAGCUUGCCCAGUUAUCACAAAUUAAGUUGGUAUAUGGGCUUACAGAAGAACUUGAGCUUGAUGAACGUCAGGAGAAUAUCAGGCAUGGAGUCCAGUAUGAUCACUACCCUGACCUUGUCUUUAUCAACCCAUCAAAAACACUCCCCCUUCAACGCUUGUUACAGCUCAAGAUUGCUAAAUACCUUGGCCCUGUAAUAGGUAUCCCUGUAGAAGACAUGUCCAAUGCACUAGCAAACCGGCCCUUGAAGGUGUGGGGUAGGAUGCAGCGACUGGACAAGUCACUGGCUGAGGCUGUUGUUGGUGGUGACGUUAUUCGGGGGGCUAUGGUUGUGCCCAGUAAUAAAACAAUGCGCGAUGCAUCACAUGUUCGGUUUCACUCAAAAAUGUCUCGUUGGCGCUGGGACCGGCCUCAUGCAGUUGAGUUCCCCAAUGAGAUACUCAGCUAUGGUCAAACCGGGAUGUUUGUUGUCAUUGAGGCUGACUUAAUUGCAAGCCUAAAUGUGCCAAACCCCUGUACCCAAGUUCUUGCUGUGAUUAUGGCUUUCCCUCACCUGCGGUACCAUAAUGAUGCUGACCUUGUGGAGUACCGGCUCUCAUCUGGCAACUAUGCUGGUGCUGAGGUUGUUGAUGCCACUAAAAUUGACUGUCUCAUUGGUCGUAUAACAACUGAGCACCAGGGCUCAUUUGUUGUUGAACGUACAUCUGUUGUUGGCCAAGUGGAUAUGCUUGAUGUGACGGUUGAGAUUGAUUGA